CUGAGCUCUCAGGUUACAUUUGGCAGCAGCACAGAUAUGAGGCAGGCUGGACUGAGGAAGCACUGCUUAGAGCACCUGUGGCUGCCAAGGUGAUGCGGACUCUAACAAGAAACCUUUGAGUAGGCUCAGGAGUUUACCGGCCUGGAAGAAGGAUUUUGGGCUUCACUAUCAGGAUACUUCUCUGCCCCCAACCCCCCAAAAUGUAUUGGUUGGAAAGAAAGUUCCUGGGUCGGAUCUCAGGCCUGCUGGUGUUUGGGAGCCUGAUGCUGUUUGCCACUGGCCUCCUGAAAUUCUCCACUUGGCAGUGUGACUUCAGCCACUUGGGCAAAGACAUCGCAGACCCUGAGAUUCAGUUCUGCAAAGACAGUCUCUACCAGUCUGUGAGACUCCCUCCCAAGAGAAACAUCAGCUGCUCACGGAUCAGCAGAGGGGACCCCAAAGAGAUCGAGAAGGCUCUUCUCAGCAGGCUGCAACUCAAAAACAGAAGGGAUCUCCUGGGAGAGAAAGAGUACCUGAACAUGACUGAGGACUGUGGACUCUUCAAAGAAAGCCGGAGGUUUAUUGAGUUCCCACUGAGCAAAGAGGAGGAGGAUUUCCCCAUCGCUUACUCCAUGGUGGUCCAUGAUCAGAUUGAAAUGUUUGAGAGACUGUUGAGGUCCAUCUAUGUCCCCCAGAAUGUGUACUGUGUCCACAUUGACAGAAAGGCCCCAGAACCUUUCCAAAAGGCAGUCCGGGCCAUUGCCUCCUGCUUUGGGAAUGUCUUUGUGGCAUCUAAGCUGGAGCGUGUUGUGUAUGCUUCCUGGUCCAGGGUCCAAGCUGAUUUGAACUGCAUGGAAGACCUCCUUCAGAGCAAAGUACCUUGGAAAUACCUCCUGAACACCUGUGGGACAGACUUCCCCAUCAAGACCAACGCAGAGAUUGUCCAUGCUUUAAAGCUUUUGAACGGGAAAAACAACAUGGAGUCAGAGAAACCGUCAGAGAGCAAAAAGGGUCGGUGGAAGUACCGGCACGAAGUGACCAAUUCUGUGGUGAGAACCUCCACUGCAAAGGACCCCCCUCCACAAAGCUCCCCCAUGUUCACUGGGAACGCAUACAUCGUGGUCACCAGAGAGUUUGUUCAACAUGUUUUUGAAGAUCCAAUGACGAAAGCACUGAUAGAGUGGUCCAAAGAUACUUAUAGCCCAGAUGAACAUUUGUGGGCCACUCUGCACCGGAUGCCAGGAGUCCCAGGGUCAGUCCCCUUUAGUGCUAAAUUUGACCUGACAGACAUGAACGCCAUUCCAAGGUUGGUGAAGUGGGCCUACAGUGAAGGAGACAUCAGCAAGGGGGCCCCUUAUCCUCCUUGCUCAGGCUCUUACCGGCGAGCAGUGUGUGUCUAUGGGUCAGGCGACCUACACUGGAUGAUCACCCAGCACCACCUGUUUGCCAACAAGUUUGACCCCAGAGUUGAUGACUAUGUGUUACAGUGUUUAGAAGAGUACCUGCGCUACAAAUCAAUCUAUGGGAAGCAGCUCUGAGUGAAUGCCUAUAAGGUUCCUCACCAAGAAGACAAUUUAGAAACUUAUGUUUAGAGGUCCUGGCACAUGGAUCUAUCUAGCAUGAUGGUCAACCCAUUCCUAAAGUACUUAGCUAGCAGCCAGUAAGCUCUUCACUGAGAUCUCAGAGACACACAUUUGAGUGUUGCAUAGGUCAAGGAAAGAAGGUGCCGGGAGGAGGAACUGGAAGGUGACUUAUGGGGAAGCUGCACUGGGGGGGGGGGGGAAUUUGUUGGUCACUCUCCUGCCUUGUGCUGCUCCAUUGCCUGAAGGAAAAUCUGACACACAGCUUUGGUUACAUUUACAUUUUUUCUGUAAUGAGUGUAUGUGAAGGAAGAAGUGAACAAAUUGUUGUUCAAUCAAGUCUCUAUUUACUGUGUUCCUUUUCCUGUAUGUAAAAUGUGCGGGGAUUAUAGUGACUGCACUGAUGAUGGGAAGGCUCUGAUAGGCAUAAUAUAGCAGGACUGGGUUAAAAAUCAUCUCAUGGCUCAAUCUGCUUUGAAUGUUUUUGCAAGUUGCACCUGAACUUUCUCCCUCAGCAAACCAGGGGAUUACUGGUAUUUUUUCCUCAAUUUGAGUGGUAGAGUUUCAACAGCAGGUUUUUUUCCCCCACACUACCUGUUUCCUGGUGAGAUGAGAGCCCUUGAGAUUUAGAAUGGUUUUGUAAUGUGUUUCUGUAGAAAUACACAUACAAAGUUUCACAGGCAUUGCUAGAUUGUGAUGCAGCACAUGUUUCUUGGAGCUGCAACAACUCAGAUGCCUGUCUCCUGCACUAUUUGCAGCUCAGC